AUGGUGGUUGGAAAAUAUGCUUAUGAACCUGAGAUUGGAACCUUCAAGGAUAGUUACAUGCAGAAGGUGCGCAAUUCCAUACAAGAAUUCUCAUGGGUAUGGUUACCACAGACAUGUAGGAAAAUAAGAAAUCACUAUCAAUCAUUUGAGAAUAACGGUUUUCAGAUAUCUGUGAAUGAUUUUGUGUUUAUUUUAGCAGAAGAGAAAAAACGUAUUGAUGCCUAUUUGGAAGAAUUAUACGAGGAUUCCAGAGGCAACAAGAUGGUUGUAAUCCGCUGGUUUCACAUAAUUGAUGAGGUUCUGCUUCUGAUGAAUGGUGUGCCAAGAUAUUAG